UAUUUACUCAAAGGAGAGAGAAAUUAAUUUUGCUCUGAAAAUGGUGAAGAAACAAACCUCCAGUUGUGAGUCUGCUGCUCUGUCCUCUUUCAUCCACCCCUACUCCUCCCAAUUUGAAGUAAAUCCAUUAGGAAUUUGAGCAUCGACUUCUAAAAAUCAAUAGUCCAUUCAGUUUGCAGACAUGGCAAUGACCAUUGAAGGUUCAUUUUCUCUGUCUCCUUUUUCCUCGUUCAAUUUAUUUAUUCGUAAUUAUUCUAUAAGGAAGCAACUAGGUCAACUUUUGUAACUAAAGGUAGCUUUGGUUGUAACCUUUUGUUUUAAAUUUUCACUAUCCUUGACACUGUUGCGGUACUAUAGUGUUUUAAUUGAAUUAGUCUCAAGAUCAAAGCUUUACAGUGAAGACAAUUUUAGCGGUCGCCUUAACGUCUUCUCUUUUGAGGCUUUGCAGUCAGUUUUCUCUGCUUGUGUUUGGCAGCUUGUAAUGUCCCAGAAUUGGUGUUUCCAAUUAAGACUUGAACAGUCUUCCACAAACUGCAACUCCGAGGCCCCAAUAUCGUGCUGCCAAACACAACGUAGGCUUUGUUUAAUUUAUGAUAUUUAAUAAGAAAUUUUGUGUGUUCAAUGGUAGGCAUUCACGUUGAUGGUGCUAAAGUAGUUUUUAUUUUAUUUUUGAAUGAUGGUUUGAUAUUCACACGAAGAAAACUAGUGAAUCGGGAUGGAAGAAUAGAAGAAGUUCGUCUCAAAGUUGUGUCGUGUUGUAGAUUUUAUCUUGCAUCGUGUUCAGAACAAAAGUUGAAAAAUAUUUUAUGACGAACAUCUUAUAGGUGUAAACCAGCACCCAAGAUUUGCUGGGCAAUGGAUAUUUGUAUUUUUGAGUUUCUUAAGUAUUUAGAAGCUGCAACUGUAGACUACAUAUUUUAUAUCCUUCGGAGGGAGAUCAUCUCAUCAUUUUUAUACAAGCAAACAUGCCAUCAUCUAUUAAGGCAUACCAAUUUGCUUUAGCUAUGUUCAGUAUUUGGGAAGCAGUUGGUCUUACCUGAAGAACAUUCGUGACCACAAAAUUUGGAAGAGAUCUUGAUGGCCAACUCACUAUCUUUAUGUCAUAGUCUUCUUUUAAACUUUGCUUUGCUUUAUGCAAUUUUGAUAUUAUGGUUUGCUUUCUGCUGCCAAAUUUGGCCUCAUAGUAUAUAUCUUUCUGAACAGAGUGCAAGUAAUUUUGAAUUUAACUCUUUUUUUUUUUUUUUUGGCUUCCUUUUCUGGUCAAUAUUCCAUUAUUUUCUAACAGACGAAUGAUGUUCUGGUCUUCAAAUACAGUGUAAGUAGAAAUAUGAAUUUACGAAUUUAACCCUUGUUUGAUUCCUAUUAUUUUCAAAAUACAUUUUUCUCUAUUCUUUUCAACCACACAUUCUUCAAUAAACUAAUAUCACAUGUAAAUCCAAAAUUUUUUUAUUUUUUAACCACACAUUCUCCAUUAAUCAACUAUUUCAAAAUGCAUUCUCAAAAGAAAAUGGGACUCAAACAGGCCCUUAAUCUUUUGUUGUUGACUAACAAAAUAUUCUAACGUAACAUUAAACGAUCAGUCUUGCAGGGCUGGCUUUCAUGUUCUCAUCUAGCAUACUGCUUCAAAUUCUGAUAGGUUUAUGCCUGUAUAUCUUGUUACCGUUAAUAGCAUCUAUCUCACAUUUUUGAAGUAGAUUUUCAGAAUUUUUAGCUGUUCUUGAGGCUACUCUCUUGAAGAUUUUAGUAGAGGAACUUGGUUCAAACAGCAAUUAUUUGUGCUGUCAUCAUUCAGAACUUCUAAUUGAGUUGGGAAUAUGCUAGCAUCUUAAUGCUAGAAUCCUGGUUCUAGUUCUGGCUAUAUAUCUUGUAUACUAACUCUUGCACAAUGUAUAGACAGAAACCAAUCAAACUGAAGAAAGACAUCGGUCUCUUAAUGUAUCUUCUUUUGUUGCAUUCUAUUAAUUCAAAAUUUUUGGAUCACAGUUUGGUAGGAUGUGCAUUUGGUUUAUUGUUAAGACCUCCUCUAGAAGAUAUAGGUCUUGUAUCUAGAGGCUACUGAAUUUGAAAAUUGGAGUUAAGUAAUUUGCUAUCAAGGAACUGAUGCCUUGAACCUUAGAUGAGAUGGAUUAAAUCUAGCUUGAGUAUCAUAUUUUCUAAGUUUAUUUUUAGUUGCUCAAUAACAUUUUGACAUGUAGUGAACAGGAGCAUAUGGUUGUUAACAUUCUUUUAUCAUCGGAAGAUCUAAUAAAUUUUGGCUCACAACUAAUAAUAUCCCAACGGUCAUUGCUAAGAACAAAAAGCCUGAAUGAUGUUUUAGUGGUUUAUAAAAAUUAUAUUGAUCCUUUACAUGUCAAGGGUGUUUACUUUCCAAAGCAUUUCUUUUCUCUUGUUUUUCUGAAGCAAAUAUGUCUGGAUUUUCGUUUUUUAUUCUUAUGGGCACAUUAUUGCAUACUUGUUCUGGUGGUGCACUUUUGUUCUGUUAUAAUUAUUGAUUGCAGGCUUGUGCCAUAUACAACAACUGGUGGCCGAUGUUAUCAGGUUUUUGUGAAUGUCUAUGUAUAUUUAAAUGAGAUUGCAUUAGAAAGAUUGAUUAUUGAAUCUGUCAAUGUCUGACCUCACUAACAAAAAUGUUGUUCUCGCAGCUCUUAUGUAUGUUCUAGUGCCAAUGCCUUGUUUAUUCUUUGGCGGAGGGUCAACUCAUUUUCUAGUCAAUCGAGAUGGUGGGGGAUGGAUCAACGGUGCUAAGUUCUUAACAGGGGCAUCUGCUGUAGGGAGUAUGGCCAUUCCCAUUAUUCUGCGUCAUGCUGGUUUGAUUGGGACUGGAGCUAUGUUCUUUGAAUUUACAUCAUUCUUUAUAUUUGUCUGCACUGUUCUGUGUUUUCACCGUGCUAGCCUUGACGAUGAGUGGUGACAUUUCCAAUGCAAGCCGAACAUCCUUCAAUCCUUGAGAAUGAAGAGGUUAGCAUAAAUAACAGACGAGGGUGAAAAAAGAAUAGAAAAUUGUGUUAGAAUUGCAUUUCAGUCGCACUGUCACCAGUGCUAUGUAUAACUUCCUGUCUCAAAAUUUUAGAUGAGGCCUUGUUACAUUGGAUUUCAAACAAUUUUACUGUAAUUUAUCUUCAGUUUUAUCUCCAA